AUGGCAGCAGGAGGAGGUAGAUCUCUUGAAGAGACACCCACUUGGGCAGUUGCAGUUGUCUGCUUUGUGCUAGUAGCAAUAUCUACAAUCAUUGAAUACGCCAUUCACUUGAUUGAAAAGUGGUUAACAAAGAGAAAUAGGAGAGCUCUUUGUGAAGCACUUGAAAAGAUCAAAUCAGAGCUUAUGCUUCUAGGUUUCAUGUCAUUGCUCCUAACAAUAGGACAAGGGCCAAUUUCAGAAAUAUGCAUAUCAAAGUCCCUAGGCACUACUUGGCAUCCAUGCAACAAAAAACAAGAACAUAGCAGGCACGACAUUGAUGCAGAAAAGGAAGCAAGUGGACAUAGAAGGCUCCUCGCAUUUCCAGAAUCUAGCUACGGUCAACGACGUGUUUUGGCAGCUGCUGGCUAUGACAAAUGUGCAGCAAAGGGAAAAGUUCCAUUUGUGUCCUCUGAUGGCAUCCAUCAACUUCACAUAUUCAUCUUUGUACUAGCUGUUUUUCAUGUGCUUUAUUGUAUAACCACAUAUGCUUUGGGCACAGCCAAGAUGAGAAAGUGGAAAGCAUGGGAAAUGGAAACCAGAACAUCAGAGUAUCAAUUUGCACAAGAUCCAGAGAGGUUUAGAUUCGCAAGAGACACGUCUUUUGGGCGACGGCAUCUAAGCUUCUGGAGUCGCUCAACCAUUCUUCUAUGGACGGUGUCUUUCUUUAGACAGUUUGUCAGAUCAGUACCCAAGGUGGAUUAUCUGACUCUGCGCUACGGAUUUAUAAUUGCACAUUUAGCACCACAGAAUCAGGCUAAUUUUGAUUUCCAGCAGUACAUCAAAAGGUCACUUGAAGAAGACUUCAAAGUUGUUGUAGGUAUCAGCCCACUUAUCUGGUUGUUUGCUGUACUUUUCCUGCUGUUUAACACUCAUGGUUGGCAGUCCUACCUGUGGUUACCCUUUAUCCCACUGAUUAUUAUCCUAUUGGUGGGAACUAAACUUCAGGUUAUAAUAACCAAGAUGGGUUUAAGGAUUCAAGAAAGAGGGGAAGUGGUCCAAGGAACUCCUUUAGUUCAGCCAGCAGAUGAUCUCUUCUGGUUCAAUCGCCCUCGAGUCUUACUCUAUCUGAUCCACUUUAUUCUCUUCCAGAAUGCAUUUCAACUGGCCUUGUUUGUCUGGUCUUGGUAUGAAUAUGGAUUUCAGUCGUGCUUCCAUGAGAACACAAAAGAUGUGGCAAUCAGAAUAUCAAUGGGGGUGCUGAUACAAAUACUCUGUAGUUACGUGACUCUCCCACUCUAUGCUUUGGUAACACAGAUGGUUUCAACCAUGAAACCAACAAUCUUCAAUAAGAAUGUAGCUAAGGCACUGCGUACCUGGCACCAAACUGCAAGAAAGCACAUAAAGCAGAAACGUCACUCAGAUUCUGUGGGUCCAGUUUCAAGUCAGCCAAGCACUCCACUGCAGGGAACAUCCCCUGUUCAUCUACUACACUACUACAAAAAUGAGAUUGAUAGUGUAGAGACAUCUUCAAGAAUUUCCAGUUACAAUACACAACCAUGGGAAAAAGGAUCCCCUCAACUCUCAUGCCCGCAAAAUGACCCAUCAAGUACUCAACAAGCUAGAAAUAAUCAUACUAUUGAAGAAAGAGUAGCUUCUGAACAGGUUAAAAACAAGGAAGGCUUAGUCCCUCAAACUCAUUUAUUCCAACACAAAGUAGAUAUUCCGUCAGCAGAUUUCUGAUUCAAGAACUGUGGCAGAAUGGGAAGGUUGAGGCCACACGAACCAAUUGUAAAUGGGACAACCUGCCAAGAGUUAUAG